AUGGCACCCGCUUCUUCACAUCGCAGGAGUCUGCACCACCUAGAAAGCGAGCUCGGCGGCCUUACAGACCAUGUGGUCGACGAGACUCUCACCCUCGUCAGGGCGCUGAACGUGACGCCGAAGCUGACGGGCCGCUUCAGGGACGUCGUGUCCGGGUUCAAGCAUCAGCUGCUGGUGCCCGCGUGGAUGCGAAAGCCGAGCCUGCGCAUGAAGUUCAGCGAGCUCGUGUUCUCCGAUGCCGAAACGUCGCCUAUCGUCUCGUGGAACGGCGUCCUGAGGGCGACGUGGCGCAACGCGCUGCGCAGGCUUAUCGACCGAGGCUUCGAGACCUUCUGGCGUGGACCUGCGCUGGGCGACGAGCCGUGGCUGGACGAAGACGAAGGGUACCUGGCGGUGCCUCCCGGGUCCGUUGACAAAGAUCUCACUGGGGACGCCUUCUAUGCACACCACCUGCCGAGGUUCGGGCUCGACUUGGCCAGGGCCGUGGUGGGACUCUUCCUCAGGAUGGCCUCCCGGUUCAGGCGAAGGUAUCCCGCGGCACACCUGAGGCUAGAACUGCUCGCCGAUUGCCUGCGGAGGCAGUUUUACCAUGACAAGCAUGCCAGCGAACUGGCCGCGCACCACGACGCCAUCGACGUCAUCGCCCUGCCCUCUGUUCUCCUUGCCUUCCGGAAGCGGUUGCUGAAGGCUGAGCGACAGGAUGGAACAUCUCACGCCACGGAUAGACUGUUCUUCUACGAGUUUGCCCGAAGCCGGUGCGAGGCUUACGACGACGCGUACCUGCACCUGAGGACGCACAAGGGCACACGUUCGCCUGCUCCCUUCUUCGUCAACGGCCCAUUAAGGAACGUGAAGGAGUUCGCCAAGGCAUUCCGCUGUCCUCGCGACUCGGACAUGCGCCCCAAACGCGUCUGUAGGUUAUAG